AUGGACCCCGAAGUUUGUGACUUCGGCUUGCCCAUCAGUGCGCCACACCUGCUGAUUGUGGACGAGGUUUUUUCCACGUCGGAGGGUUAAUUUUCAAUGUUUGAGUGAGAUUUAUAAGGUGCGCUUGUAACGACGCACCUGUCCGUCCUGUCUGCGUCGCCGUAGGAUAGUCUCUUGGAAAGGCGCUCGACACCCAUUGUUAUGAUGUGACCAUUCCGGCGCAGCUGUAUCUACCCCAGCAUGGAGUGAAUACUGAGGAUUCCGGUUCUUUGUAGGACUUCCGUGUGGGAACUUCUGUCCUGCUACUUCAGCUUCAGCGCCCUUGUUUCACUUUUGUCGACUCCGCCUGCCUCUUCUUCGUACACUAGCUUUGUGAGGAUGACGGCUGGAUAAAUUUUCGAUUUAGUGUUCAGCCAAAGACCGCGGCGGUUCCAGACGGGAUCUCAACGCCGACCGAAUAUCUGAAUAGCGGUGCCAUCUGAAGCACUGAAAUGGAAAUCAAAUCAAAUCGUUAAAGUCUGGGAAAUUGAUCCAUUAUGAAAUUUUACCAUGCGUAAAUUGUCUUAGUCACACGGUCGAAAUCACGCUAGUGAGAGAGUACGAAAAACAUUGGAUAGAAAAGCCCGAAUAAACGAAAGUGUGGAAUAGAACAGCACUUAAGGAGAUGAAGUUUGGUUCGGGCAAUAAAUUGGCAUGACAACCUAGUAGAGUUUUCCUAAGCACAGAGUUACCUCUUUACAUGUUUGAAACGUCUCGUUGCCAGCUUUUCUAGUCAGUCACGAUGUUUUCCAGAAGAGGGGAAUGGUGUUCGGACCACUGUUUUUUAUUUCUGUCAACGACCUCCCAGAUGUAGUUCCUACUGAGUGCCAAAUGUUUGUGGACUACACUAAAAUUUUAGGGUAGACUUGAGACCAAGGUUCUCUCCAGAAGAAUCUCAUUCGUCUCCCCAUGUAGACUGCCCAAUGAGGAUUCUACAGUAAAUGUGAACACAUCCUUCUUUCUCUUAACCAGCUUUGACUUGAAUCUCGAAAUGUGCCUGUGCGCAACAUCAGCCGGAGAAGCCGUUCAGUGGGCCAAGUGUUUCACCAAGGGGAGAGUUAUAAAUCUUUGCAACCUAGUCGCCAUCGAUGCACUUCCUACGAGCUGCCGCUGGGACAUCCUGAAAACCUGUCACACCGCGAGUUUACUGAUUAGUUUUUCUCGGCGCGCCAUCAAUCCCUGGAACGGGCCAUUCGAGGUUGGAGCUUGAUCUCCUUAAACUUAUUUCACAACAGAGUGCACUGGAGAGGCACAGGGCCAAACCGGGCGUCAGACUGGUUCACAGCACGUGUUUGCUUGGGGUGCACAGGGUUUGCGCGAGACCUUGACUACCACCAUACAUGGGGGCUGUGGUGACAUGCUCAUUCGUAAACCUUCACGCCUCAUUGGCCAUUGCGCCCAAUCUCUGCACUGGCUAAUUUUCACUCGGACAGUCGACUGGUGCGUAGGAGAGGGGGUGAGACCGACACGAAUGAAUCCACCCCCACGUCACUUCACUACGGCAUCCUUUACUACGACAAACCUUACGCGCUUUGAACCCUUCUCGAUGAGCAAAGAGUCGUUGUUCGAAAGGCAGCCAACUGAUUUGAUAACUCGUUCCUUCCCAGGACUGAGAGUCGGGCGGAAAUGGCUCUUUCUCAACGUAGUCUUAAUGACACCCAAACAUGUGGGAUUUGAGUCGCCCUCCGGAAGCGCCGGUGCAUAUUGUGUGGACCGGGUCGUGGGCGGCGCGCGUAGACGGACCUUUUUGCCGCCCCCUCCGCCGCCCUGACACUGUUUUGCCAUCUCUCCCGCUAACUCUGCGUCUUAUAUCAGUGCGUUUAUACCCCUACAGACCCGAUGAUAGUUUCUGUGGAAGGUCAAAGGACUGAAAGCCCACUGAGUCAAAUUUUGCUACUGUAGAACUGACACCGGCAAGAGCAGUCUUUAGCGGGCUCGAGUACGUCGCUAUCGGAUUGUUGGUUUCAUAGCUUUAUCCUUACUAUGCAUGCGUUCAGUACCACUCAAUCUCCUUUUCUUUCCCUCUGCAGUUGAAAUCCUCCUCGAGCGACGUCAUAAUGAUGAGCUACAGGGUGUACUUCCUCCUCUUGGUUUCGUUCACAGUAAUUUUCUCCCUACUUUUGCUUUGGUCAGGAAAACAUCCCCUCACUUUGUACCAUAACUACGUAAGUGAGAGACCCAAUUCAAUAAGUAUCGCCAUUUUUAAAGUUUUCCUCUGAAAAAAACCAGACCUCAUUUUUUAAAGCAAGAUUGGUAUUAUCAGCUCAGUGGGACACCUUUUUGCUGGUAAAAUGCUUAAACAAUAGAAACCGCUUCUUCGUAAAAUUCAGAGGGUUCAAAGUUCACAAACUACACAGUACCAUCAGGUCAGCAGGCUAGUUACGGUAGGUGGGCUAACUCUUCGAAUGUCAGCCAAAAUUUCGAAAUGCGUUCUCGUUUCAAAAAAAGAUUAAUUAAGUAGGGUUGCAAAAACCAAUCACCAUGCAGCAUAAAUCUAUAAUACUCCAGUUACCUCAGGCUGCCGUACUUUUUGUACUUACUUGUACUUGAUACGGCUGCGAUCAUGCCUGAUCUAGCCGGCCUCGAUGAUGUCCCGAAUUGUACCUCUCCACGCGUGACGAUCCGCGGCAGCAGAUCUAGACAGCUCAACCCAUUCCCUUCGCCAACGACGGAGACCGAAUACCGAAGGUUCAAGAACCACCUUCAUGUCUUGACGGACAGUGUCGAGCCAGGUUUUGAACUGACCCCCUCUUCGACGCCUCCAAUGGGGCAACGGUGCCGGAUCGAGGGCAGUAACACUGAGCUCCUGAAGUGGACGACGAAGAACAUGCCCGAACCACCUCAGUCGUCUCUCUUGGAUGGCCUGAGUUAUCCUCGCGAUGUUGUCGCAGCGAGCGCGGACUGUCUCAUUUGAGACGAAGUCGGUUAACUUCACUCGAAGCAUUAUCCUCAAGCAGUGGUGGUCAAAUACCUCCAGAUUUCGCUCAUCCGCCACGCGCAAAGCCCAGCAUUCACAACCAUAGAGAAGGACAGACCGGACAGAUGCACGGUACACGCGAAUCUUAGUGACGACGGAGAGGUCACGUCGGUUCCACAGGCAUUUCCGAAGGCUUGAAAAAACCCAGCGGGCAGCAUCGAUUCGGGAGACAAUGUCGUCCUUACUCUGUCCAUUAGACAGCGGCCGCGCCCCGAGGUAUUUAAAACUGUCCACUUCUUCAAGUUGACAGCCAUCAAUCCCCAGGGGUGCCUUCUCCUGGUCAGGGAUGCAGCUUGAGAAUACUUUGGUCUUCCCAGCGUUUAUGGACAAACCGACUGAUUUAGCGACCUCGUUCACUCGUGACACCAUAGACUGCAGAUCACCAAAACUUGAAGCAAGUAAGGCGAUAUCAUCGGCAUAGUCGAGAUCAGUCAGUCGAUGUCCGGGUGCCAAUUCAACACCGUCACUGUCGCGUAGGGCCCUCCCGAGGAUCCAGUCAAUAGCGUAGUUUAACAGUAUGGGUGGCAGGAUACAACCCUGUCGGACGCCAGACCGAAUGUCGAACGGUUGGGAAAGAUUGUUACGGACCGGGACUCUCGCAGUAGUGGAACGAUAGUAGGCCUUGAUCAUGGCGAUGAUUUUUGCCGGUACACCAUCUAGCGCCAUUAUCCGCCACAGGGACUCACGGUGAACGGAAUCGAACGCGGCGGCAAAGUCAACGAAGCAGACGGCCGUCGGUUGUUGGUAGCUAUGGCGAAAUUCGAGAAUGCGCGUCAGUGUGAAUAUCUGAUCUGCGCAUCCACGUCCAGCACGAAUGAAUGCCGGCUUUCGAAUGAACUUCUUUUCGGCUGCAGGUAAAAACUGCACUCUGUAAAAAAACGACUACUUAAGUAGCGUGCUUUUUUCAUUGAUUUUCGAUGCCCUUAAGCAUUCUAUUACUUUUUAUGGAACACAUGCAUAAAAAUAUCCAGUCUUUUACUCAUUCGGUAGAAAUUCACGACUUCUUCCAAUUUUAUACUUGAAGGAGCGGUAUAACUCGGUUUCAAAAAGUUUCCAAUUGUGAGACUUUAAUACCGUGAAAUGGUCGUUCAUAAAACGCAUGUCUCUGCAUUUACCAAUAUGGUUUGUCAAGUUAACAGUACGGCCCAAAUCGACCACUAGAUUUUAUGAAUCUCAUAUAGUCUCCUCUUAAUACCGUAGAGAAAUGUAUGGUUUCCCGUGCUCGGAAAAUGUACGGCAUGUAGUUUGGAAACUCUGAGUGCAAGUAUAACAACAGGUCGGGUUAAGAAUUAUUCGGGAAUUGGAGAGGUUUUUAAAAACUGAAUUAUACGCUUUCUUCGAGUAUAAAAUUGGAAGAAGUCGUAAAUUUCUACCGAAUGAGUAGAAGACUGCAUAUUUUUAUGCAUGCGUUCCAUAAAAUGUAAUGGAAUGUUUAAGGACAUCGAAAAUCAAUGAGAAAAUCGCAUGCUACUCAAGUAGUCAUUUGUUGCAGAGUAUAGUUCAUGCAUGCAGCCGAAGAGAAGUUCAUUCGAAAGCCGGCACCCUGAGGUAACUGGAUUUUUAUAGAACUAUGCUGCAUAAUGAUUAGUUUUACAACCCUGCCCAAUUAACUUUUUUCGACACGAGGACGUAUUUCAAAAUCCCGAUGGGACCCCGACGAGUCUUUUAUAAACAAUUAUUCAUUUAAUUCAUCAGUUGGCCCACCUACUGUACAUGCCCUCUGGCUACUUGUCUCAGUAGCAAGUAUUUGUUCUUGUCUGUGGCUUUAAUUACUAUUACUGAUUUGGUCAGACUUAAUGACAUCCAUGGUCAGUCCGUUGCAUGCGUGUUUAUCUGUUGGCCUCUUGUCGGCGAUUUUAAAUCCGUACUAGUGAUUCCAGAUUAUUCUACCAAUACUGCCUGAUAGUAGAGAACUGUACAGCGUCUCAUAAGUCUCUCCGAUGUCGGGAGCUCAGUGCAAGCACCGAGCCUUCAUGCACGCGCGCCUACGUGUGUCAGCCUUACUCUUCGCGACAAGUGGCCAUGUAGUAGGUAUGCUAUUAGCUGAGCCACUGCAGUCUCAACCAUCAAGAUCGUGCACUCAGUCAGUUGCCAUUGCUUCGCCAAAACACGCGAAGAUGCGCCUUCUCGCAGCACACUCGGGGUUGAAGUUGCAUACACAGACCGAAGGCCACCAUUAGGCGUCAGGUGGCGAGACAAAAAGACCCACUGCCACGGCAAGAAACAUCUGGAGUCGUUUGCCGGAUCUGGCGAAGCUGCGGGCAAAGCAACUACGUCAGCGAAACUGGAAGACUGCUCCGGACGCGAAUCGCCGAACACGCGGCAGCGGUGCGGAGAAAUCCCGCAAACUCUCUGGUCGCUGCCCAGUCAACGAGACCGGGCCACACAUUCGAGUUCGAUGAGGCCAAAAUGCUCGUGAGAGGCGAUAAUCGCGUGAGACGCGAGUUGCUUGAGCCAUGGUUCACGGGACCUCAGUAUAUAAACAAAUGCAACGACGUCCGCAUUCCAUAUUCGGUGUUGAGGGAGUCUGGUGGCUGAAGUAAAGAACCACUCUGCGAGCACGCAGGCCGGUAAGCCAGAUGAAUGAGCAAUCAUCACGCCAGCAUCCGACACGGGUGCUGAGAUUUCAGCAAUUAACAACUUGCAUGCCAGCCAUCAAGCAAUUAGUGCCCCAGCGGACAACAAUUCUUGGUGAAGAGGAGAGCCGCUUAUUACCAUAGGUAUGCGGUAGCAUAGUGACUGCAUCCUAUAAACACCGCAAAUUCCUGUGCACGAAUCACCCGUUUCUAUCACUGUCUCUGAUGAUGGUUUCAGGUAAGAAUCCGAAACGUCGGGCGAAUAAAGCUCUUGUUCCAGCGAUCGCUUCUGCUUCUUAUUUGCUAGUGUCUUGCAUAUCUGUAAAGGUUCCAUGUCGGCUAAAAUAGAAGCAAAAAAAACGACACAAACGCGACAACAGAGGAGGAAGAAGAAGUAACAAUAACUAACCGGAUCAACAUUGCGCUUUUCAAAAAAGGGACUUGGAGCACAGAGAAGAGGGGGAUGCGGUCACUGGAGCAAGAAUUAUAGCCUUCCGAUGGCCUGACUUGCCACUCAACUACAUUGUCAGAGACAGGAAGGGAAAGGCGCAACGGACGCACACGAAGUGCAGUAUUCAGGGAAUGCAGUCUCUACGUUACCUGCAUGCGUUAUUCAAGUUUCGCCGAAACUGCAUGAGUUGUUAUGGUCUUUGCAGCUGCAUAUGGCAGGCGUUGGACAAAGGCUGACGUCACGUCGGCUAUUGUGACCAAUGUAAUCUCCAACUGACUUGGCUUGAACAGACGAUCGGCGCAUUAAGUGGAAAAGAGGGUGUAAGUAUCAAUCCAGCACGUAUCAAGCACUUAAUCUCCUCACUUCGAGUAAUCAAACGCUCUUCACAACCACCACGGUGCCCUAACACUCGUGGUUUGGAAGAAUGCCAACACGAUCUUCCUCGACUAUCCGUUAACGGGGCCUUUAUUUCACUCCUAUUUACGUGGUAGCCGGUGGAGUCAUGAGCUAGAUUGUUUGGCGUGCGUAUGUGGACUGUUUUGCUUUAUCAUCACCUAUGCGCACAACGCUCUGCGUUGUCUUGACUUGGUCUUUCUAUUGGAAGUCGGUAGGCGUGCAAAUAGAGUUGGACAUGCGCAAACAAACAAAUUCCUGCGACCGGAACUGCGGUGGUCCACAUAGUUCCCGACGAACGUACUGUUAGGGGUAGCGGAUGUCGCACGUGGGACUAAUGAGGAAAAACCACGAGAAUGUAUCUCAUGGGUUUUGCGCUCUUUCCGAGUGCAGUUGUUUUUCGAAGCGGUUUGGUUGUAUUUUCUUAAUCAAAGGCUUUAGACGGUCAGGCUGUUCAAGGUGUCAUACACCAACGCCGUACAAUGCGCAUAUCCUGAUUGACUGACCUCAUCGUGACCGCCUGCCCGUGGCACCCGAAACAUGACAUACAAGUUCUCCACUAUUACUUGCUAAAUUCAGACUCUUCUGUUUGACACAGAAAUUUCUCUCUUUUUUUCCAGUUUUCAUCCUCUUCCUCCUCCGCCGCGGGCAUCACAGGGGGCAAUCCGGAAGACCUGCCUAACCAGCCCUAA